ACGAUGAAAAUUUUGUAUGUCGUGAAGUUCAAUUUCUUCAUCAAGAUGGUGAUCAAUAUUAUAAUUUUGGAACGUUUUAUUCGAUUAUGAUCAACUUACGGCCCAAUUGCUUAUUGUUUGGUACUCGCAGAAAAGCAACAGCGAUUAGCCAUACGUCCACGAUUAAUUGGAAACUAGGUGUAUUCGGGAACCUCAGCGAUAGUUUUAAUAAUCAGUCUAGUAGUUUGAAAUCAUUACUAGACAAAACAAACAUUGAGCUGUUGUAAACAAGCCGAAACAAAACAAAGUUUCAGCAGUAAGCUAUGUCGGAACAGUCUUCAUCAAGCUCACAAAAGCAACAGAAUGACAAAAAUAAUUCACGAGAAACUCAAGAUGAACAGCAACCACGAAAUAAUUCCGAGCCACAAUCGAAAUGGGUUUGCGAGUAUUGCACAUAUGAAAAUUACCGUUUAUCUUUGAAAUGUACAAUGUGCAAGGGUCAAAAACCAUUGCUGAAUGAAGAUAUUUUCAGAAUCAGUCCAACACAACAACUGAGCAUAGCUAAAAAAUCUACAUCCAAUUUAGCCAGUGGACCAUCUCAAACAGUUUCAGUCUGCGAAGGAGAUGGCAAUCAAAAGUGGUACUGCAGUGUGUGUUCGUACCUUAAUUCUUUCGCUUCGCGUCGAUGUUUCCAGUGCAAUAGUAAAUGCGAAGAUCUGUUUUUUAAGCCAGUAAAUCACAGAUAUCAAACUCAACAAUCCUCGCCUCCUAAAGUGAUAUCAAAGUACGAUAGCUUGAGUGACCAGUUAAAUGCUUUAAAUAUAUGUCGUCGCUCGGGAGAUGAUGAAUCUCUUGAGUUGUUUUCUAGCAGUGACUGUGCUAGGCGGAAGACGGUGAAUUCUCCUUCUUUAAAAUGUUCAUCAACUCCUGAACGUUCUUUGGAUAGUGCUAGAGAUUGCGAUUCUAUCGGUGGGGCGAAAAUCCCAUCUCCGACUUCCAUUUCUCCGAUCAAUAUAUGCACACGAUCAACUGGAAGCUCCGGAAAAUGGUUCUGUUCUGUUUGUACUUACGAAAACUGGCCCAAAUCUUUAAAAUGUUCCAUGUGCUUACAUCACCGAGAGACCAAUAGUGGUCGAACCGGACAAGCAUCUGCCAAGCUUUCUCCGGAGCAUGAUGAGAAUGUUGCUAGUAAUAUAGUUGUGAACAAUAAACGGAAUCAGCAAUUUGUCCGUGACCAAGAACCAAUAAAUAAUCUAGAUGUCUAUCAGCAGGAGCGAUACAUGCGUCAGUUGAGAAGACAACCGGACUGGCAGUGGCUCAAUGCAUGCAUUGGAAUAGCGGAAAACAAUGUGGGAGCUGUCGAAACGUAUCUAGGCUGUGGAGGUGAUCCCAGUCGGGCACUAACCCCAGCGGAAGUAAAUUUGCUUAAUCAUAAUAAUAUUGCUUUUGAUAUUGGACAUACACUAAUUCACCUGGCAAUUCGCUUUCACCGAGAUGAAAUGCUACCGCUUCUUCUGGCUCAAAUUUCCGGUUCUGGACCGGGUAUCAAACGCGUACCAUCCUAUGUAGCUCCUGACAUUGCGAGUGAUAUCAGGCGACAUUUUGGUCUUUCGUUGCGCAUACGUAAGGCCACGUUCAACUGCCAAUACGUGAAUGAGCAUGCCACGUUCUCGCUGCCUGCUGACAUCGAAGAACUGCCACUGGUACUUCAAGAACAGCUUUACGACGAGCUCCUAGAUCGUGAUGCUCAGAAGCAACUGGAAAUGCCUCCACCAGCACUCAAUUGGUCACUGGAAAUCACUGAUCGGUUGGGAUCUCGUUUAAUGGUGCUAUGGAAUCGAAGCGCCGGUGAUUGCUUGCUCGACUCGGCGAUGCAGGCAACCUGGGGAGUGUUCGAUCGAGAUAAUACGUUAAGAAGGGCUCUAGCCGACAGUCUUCACCAGUGUGGGCGAUUUUUCUAUCCUCGCUGGAAAGAAAACGAAAUCAUUCAAGCCGCAUUGUUGCACUACACCGUAUCUGAAACUCAGCUAGAAGAAGACUGGAGCACUCUUCUUUCUCUCGCUAGUCAACCCGGUUCAUCGCUCGAACAGUUGCAUAUCUUUGCACUGGCGCAUAUUUUACGUAGGCCUAUAAUCGUAUAUGGGGUUAAAUACGUAAAGAGCUUUCGUGGUGAAGACAUUGGUUAUGCGCGAUUCGAAGGAGUUUACUUACCGUUGCUGUGGGAACAAGGUUUUUGCUUGUCCUCGCCGAUUGCAUUGGGAUACACCAGAGGUCAUUUCAGUGCAUUAGUUCCAACUGAACCAUACUCGCGGAUCGACGCAGCUCGUGAUGACAGGGAAGAUAUAACGUUUCUACCAUUAAUGGACUGCGAAAUGAAGAUGCUGCCUAUUCAUUUCUUAAAUAAUAACGAGAUCGGUCGAGAAGAAGUAAUUAUGCGUCAGUGGUUAGAAGUAUGUGAAACUGAAGGCGGUUUACUGGUAGCACAGCAAAAACUUCACAAACGUCCCCUGUUAGUCGCCCAAAUGCUGGAAGAAUGGCUUAAUCACUAUCGGAGAAUAGCAAUUUCGAGGCUUUUUUGAAAACUGCUUUAAUUGAGCUACUGGAAAAAUUUUAAACAUACCAAUAAUUUUAACUGUAGUGAAGUAGAACACAUACUCUCCCGCAGUCGUAUGUGAAUCAUUUCCAGCGUUGUAAUCUUAAAGCAAAAAUCAAAUGCUGUCAUAUUGCGAAAAUUCACACAAUAUCGAACGUACAUCGAACGUCAAUUAACAUACCUAACUACUUAUCAUUCGCUCUAAUGGAAGUCGGAUUAGUCGUGUUCGUUCUUCUAGCACAAAAUUAGAACUAUCUAUCUGUAUUGCCAGCACUGUUCACAGCGAGCAGAACGAUCAGAUUUAAAAUUGACAGUUUGCUAAAACGAUACCACGAAAGCCCACGGAUUCCCACCAGCAAAGAAGCACCGGUGCAGCACAGUUGUAGUGAUUGCGAAAGAGUUAGAAAUAUGAUGCAUUAGUACUUUGCCAAUUUGAAAAAUUGCUAAAUACCAAGCCAACCAUUCAGGAUAGAUAUAAUCUAUGAACUCGAGUGGCUCUGUUAUGUUUGUUAAGUUUUAUGAAAUUUAAGAGUUUUUGUUCGGGUUUCUACUUGGGUGUGUACAUAUUUUCAUUUCAUCGAAUAGUAGGUAAGUUUAUCUAUAUACAACAAUAAAAUGAAAACAAAUAAAUUAUUUUCCAGUCAUCAAUAGACUGUGUGCGUUUGAUAUUUA